GAGUGGCUGAAGAGUCAUUUAAUGCCUAAACUAAUUGCUUGGACGGAGCAACAAAGUAUUUCGCGUUUAAGCAAUAAAACACAGUUUCCUGUAACUACUUCGAUAUCCCUGGUAGAAAAAGAAGAUUAUGCGACGCUCUACCAAGACCUGAAACUGAAGUAUGGGAAAAAGUGGAUUCAAAUAUGGCCGGAGAAAACGGAUCCGUUUAAAUUUGUGUAUGAAGAUGUCUCUAUUGCGACAUACAUCUUGCUACUAUGGAAAGCAGAAAGAGAAGAAAAAGGAACAAAUGAGUUACAAUCCUUUGUUGACCUAGGGUGUGGUAACGGACUAUUGGUUCAUAUACUGCGAUCGGAAGGGCAUCCUGGGAAAGGAAUUGAUAUUAGACGAAGGAAAAUAUGGGAUUUUUAUGGUAGUGAUACAGUACUGGAGGUUAAGGCAUUUGUUCCCUCAAAUGAGAGUAUUUUCUCAGAAACUGAUUGGAUAAUCGGUAACCACUGUGAUGAGCUUACUCCGUGGAUACCAGUGAUUGCUGCAAGAUCUUCCUACAAUUGCCAUUACUUUGUUCUUCCGUGUUGUCCAUAUGACUUUAAUGGAAAGUUUUCAAGGCGGCAUGCUAAAGAAAGUCAAUAUAGAGCUUAUCUUAACUACAUUUACAACAUAGGAAAAACGUGUGGAUUUGAUGUAGAAGAAGAUCGACUUCGAUUACCUUCGACUAAAAGAAUUUGCCAUAUUGGUCGCAAAAGGACGUAUGAAUUUUCAGAAAGCGCAACUCAAAACCGAAUGAUUUCUGAAAUGUUCGACGAUAAAAUGAACGCUGAUCAAGAAAAAAUCGUGAUCAAACCCGCUGAAAAUGAUGCUGAGCAUCAGCAAUGGUCACGAAAUUUUAAACCAAGAGAACCUAUAGAGCUAACUAGUAAUUGCAAACAGUUAAGCAGAAGUUUUAAGGAUGAAUUUGCAUUUGCUGUAGCUAGCAGGUUGCUGGAAUUACCAUCAAAACGGGUAUUAAAACCGAUGACCGAUGAUCAAGAAAACGACGAUGAUAGUGAUCGUGUCUGGAAUAAAGGCGGCGAGUUAACUUUAGAUGCUGUAGCCUCAUUAUUUGAAAAACCCACUAUGCAGCAACUUAAGAAAGAAUGUGGUGGUAUAAAGACUUUAUUGAAGUUAUUUCAUCAAGUUUUCAUUGUUUCUGGUAAUAAAGUAAAAAUCAGAGACUGGUCAUCGAGCGAAAUUAGUGAUCACUGUUGUUAUAGUAAGUGUAAAUCCGAGAAGGAAAAGCUGUAUAAAACUAAACUAUGUUGGUUCUAUACUCAUCACCCUGAUGGUUGUCCCCUUAAUGCCAGUACAUGUUCAUAUGCACAU